UGCACACCUGCGCGCACGGGUUGGGCGGGCUGGGCGGGUAUGGGUCGUGGCCUGGACCCUGGCAUCUAAUCCUGCUUUGGCAUUCUCUUGGCUCUUGAGAUGCGAGCCCUUUGCGCCCCAGGUUGGUGGCUGAGCAUGGGUCAGCCACAGUUGCUCAUUGGUUGGGUACUGGAUUCCGACCAAGUCCGAGGGCCGGAGCCGGUCGGCCAGGCCGAAAAAAACGCUGUCACGCACCUCCUCUACGCUUCGUACCCACUUCCCGUGCUCCGUACUACCUCCAUCUCUCCAGACCUGGUACCGAUCAAUGUGCACGUUCCGGGCGCUUGCUGGAUUUUGACUGGAAAACCUUCCUCCUGGGUGGUGGGAGGGUUGGCCGACUGGAUGGUUGGAGGGUGGGAGGGCGACCGGCUCGUUUUCUGCGCGCGUGCUUGCUCACCUUAUCCCCGGAAAGAAGUGAAAAUUUUUCUUGUCGUUCCGCAUUCCCCCUUCUCCUUGGUCUCAACCGAUUUCUGAUUUCCUGGGCGAGCGUCGUUGGGAUCGGGGAUGGCCAGUCACACCACCCCGUGUGUCAUGCGAUUGCGCCGGACCAUUGCGAUUGAGUCACCACGGAGGAGGACAAA